AUGUCCACGCCCAGCCUCCUCUCCCUCAACUCCCCAACCGACAUAACCACCACCUGCAAUACCCACCCCCUCACCCCCACCGAACUCACAACCCUCCAAACGCGCUCCUCGGCCGCAAAACUCACAGCCUACUGUCCCUACUCACGAUUCCGCGUGGGUGCCACGAUUCUCACGAAAAACGGUGAAUACAUAGAUGGAGCUAAUGUGGAAAAUGCAGCGUAUCCUGUAGGAACUUGUGCGGAGAGGGUAGCGUUUGGAAAGGCGGUUACGGGGGGUUCGAGGGAGGUGGGGUUUAAGGCUUUGGGGUUGAGUACGGAUGGGAGUGGGGAUGUGCCGGCUAGUCCGUGUGGGAUGUGUAGACAGUUUAUACGCGAAUUUUGCGAUUUGGAUAUGCCAAUCUUUAUGUUUGAUAAUGAUGGGAAAUUUGUCGUUGCGAAAUUAGAAGAGCUCCUACCAAUGUCCUUUGGACCGGAAGCUUUACCACCGAGGGAAAGUCUGGGGAUAGGUGGUACGGUUUUGUUGGCUUCUGGUGUGUGGUACAUGUGGAGUUAUAUUGAGGAGGGGUUGAAAUAUAUUCUAGGAGAGAAAAGGAAAGAGGAGAGUUUCAAAAUAACCAACAUGAAAGGCGAAAAGGAGGCUGUGAAAUGGGAGUAG